AUGGCGGAGUUCCCGCCGCUGGCCCCAGUGCCCUCCCCCGCAGUGCGGAGGACCAUUCCAUCUAACGACUGGGAUGCCUGCCUAGAUGCAUGGAUGACGUUGCUCGGCAUUCGACUGAGUGUCACGGAUCAAAAAUUUAAAGAUACAGCUCCCGAUGACCUCUCGGUGGUCUCGUUCCUGGACUCAUUUUAUCAACAUGCGGCGGCGGGAGACUCGAGUCUACAAUCUGGACCUAAAGCUCGACAAUUACGGAAGCUCUGUUUUCUCACCACAAGACGAUAUCUACUGAGCCUUUCAAGUCCACCUGAAGGUUUUUUAAGCUGGCAGCUUCUGAGCAAUCUGUGUUGCUGCUACCCUUCCAGCACAGCGUUGAAGACGUCAUUAUCAGCUGCCUGGGAUUUGCAUCAUGAGAAGAUAUCUUCCAGCAUAGAGAAGGCAAAAUCACUCGUGAUGAAGCAAAUAUCCAUGUCAGGAAAAUCAGCAGCCCUUGAAGUUAUCUCCAAUAUUCGACGCUUGACGAUUUUGGCCUCUGUCUUACCGAGUUGUGGCCAGAUCCUCAUGGCUGGAUCAGAUUAUCUCGAUACUCUUUACGAAGCCUAUCGAGCAAAGGCUACCCGGGAAGAGCUGCGCAAGAUCUUGGUUGCCAAUGUAUAUGUCGGGCUGGUGUCUUUACUGAAGGAGACAACUAUCAACUUGUCUUUAUUGCUGGACCAAUUAUUCAGCCUCAAGGCCAGUGCAGGAGUAGGCACUCCCGGAAUGAAGAAGGAGGCAACUCUGCUAUCAGACCUUGUGUGCAGCUCAGAUCUGCUACAGAGAUUGGAGAAGCACCUUGCAAGCCAUCCUCAAAAACGAGGCGAGGAUCUUCUGGCCAGUCUACGACUGUAUCAAAUGGAAACGAGCCCCUUCCAUCACCGAUAUCAAAGGCGGAAAAGGGUGGAUAAAGGCAAAGGACUGGCAACAGACCCUGUCAUUCCAGAAGAGCUUCAUGCACACAAGAUGUCGCUCGUAUCACAGGUGCAGGAUCUCUUCCCGGACCUCGGCUCUGCAUUUGUCGUGAGACUACUUGACACCUACGGCGACAAUCCGGAGACAGUCAUCUCGCAUCUCUUGGAUGACUCGCUCACCCCAGAACUCCAAUCUCUGGAUCGAUCUGAACAACUUCCCUCAGCAGCCGAACCCAGUCAUGCCCAUCUAGAACCCCGACCAACACCCCCAGCCAUCCCCUCGCCGCGCGCAGAACCAAUUCCGUCUCGCAGGAAUGUCUUCGACGAUGACGUCGACAUUGCAGAGCUCAGUCUCUCAGGGGAUGCAGAAGGAAAACUGCGAUUUGGCCGUGCCAAUCCCGAGCUUACUGCGGACGAAGUCCUCGCAGACCGCAGCAAGCACGCAAUCAACAAGGCGGCAAUUCUAUCAGCCCUAGCAACCUUUGACUCAGACGAUGACGAACGAGAUGAUACCUACGACGUUGCAGAUGUAGGCGGAACCGUUGACAGCGCCACGACAGGCACAGACGCCGAGGCCGAUGCAGUUGCACGGAAUCAGCGCGCAGCAGCCGAGCAGAUCGAUCUCGUCCUUCUCCGCGCCUACAAGUCAAAUGCGGCCAUCUUUGCUCGGGACUCCACAACCCGUCGCUCCCAGCCCCGCACCUUGCUCAAGCAGGAGACCAACAUGACGGACGAAGCUAUCGAAGGCUGGGCAGUCAUGUUAUCGCGAGACCCCAAGCGACUCGCAAAAUUGGAGAACAAGCUCGCUGAUGAUAUCAGCGGAGCGGGCAGUGGUGCAUUGAACCAACCCGAACUAGCUCCAACCUCGUAUAGGAGACCGCAUCCCACAGAGGUUGAUUCUGACGAGGGGGAGUCUUCGGGCUACACCAGCGGUCGUGGAGGACGAGGUGGUGGUGGACGCGGUGGAGGAGCAAGAGGACGUGGGAGGGGUGGCCGGGGAGGUGGUCGUCCGCCUCAAUCGGGUGAACAGGGGCAGCAGAAUAGUGCUGUGGCGCAUCAAAGGAAGGAGCAAAAUAAGGCCAGCCGGGCGAAUCAUAAUCGCCGGCAGCAGCGAGCUAAGAAGAUCGCGCGGGGAGGAGGCUUGCCAGGCUGA